AUGUCGGCUGAAUGCCAAGUUACAGGCGACGGCGUCCUGGUGCACAUGCCAGCCUCCCUGUGCGAAGCGCUUCUGGAAGCUUUCCCAACGAGGGCAGCAGAAACUUCGGCUGACUUGGCUGCCAUAGUCCGCGACCUGCUCACUCAAAACCAAUCUGCAUCCAGCCCACCCUGCCCUUUGGCCACUGCCAAGUGCCGACACAACAGCACCAGCAGUGCAACUCCAGAGCUGCAUGGCGGACCUGAGGGUGCCUACCAGAGAGAUGUCUCGACGGGGCGCUGGAGAUCGCUUUCACAGGACCGCCCACGGCGCGUGCCCCGCAUGCCCAUCACAAAGUCGAGUGGGCUAACUGUGAACAGCUUGAAAGCAGAUGAUGCUUCCAAGCCUGCAGAACCUGUGACUGAAGCCGAGAAUUCCGAGCUUGCCGCAGCGGAAGCGGCCUUGAACACAGCGAAGGGAGAGACCUUGAAGCUUUGGAAUGCUGCCAAAUCGGUAUUGGCGGAUCCAGUCUUCCAAGAUUUGAAGAAGCAGGGUGACAUGCAGCGCAAGUUGGCAGAAGUGGAGUUCGAGGAGUCCAUGCAAGCAGCAUCGUGGAAGUUGCUACGUGGCUCCGUGGACAAGAAGGCACUUGGAGAAAUAACUCGCCUGGCAGCAGGCUGCGAGGGUGGCCGAGCUUUGUCUGUGGGUGUGGCCCGCCACAUCUUUGAGAAUUCUUCUUGCUGCGGACGCAGCAGCAGCAGAGAUGGCAAGCCAAGAGCCAGGAGGCCUUCAGCCCUACCUCCGCGCCCAAGAGCUGAGAAUGAGAAGGUGGAGAAGGGCAAGGAAAAAAGAAUGGAGAAGAACGUACGGCCGGAAUCUCCUUCUGUCCGCAAUCGAAUCGGUGCUUGGGAGAUCUCUCAAGCUGCGCCUUUCGGCGGGGCAUAG